AUGUUGAUCAUGUUGCUGCUCUAUUCCAUUCAAAGAUCUUCUCUUCUGCUAGUGAUGAUCAUAACUGGAGCGUUUCACUAUGCCGUUGUCCGAAAAGUGAGAAGUCAAGCGGACAUUGUCAAUCUUCACAGCGAGGUAUAUAGAGAUGCGGCCAUUAGAGUAAGCCAAGGCCACAUCUUUUCAUGUCAUCAGAUGCUUCGUCUUUCCCUGAGUUUCCAUGUCUGGGAAGUAGAGGACCAUAGCACCCCUAAUUGGUGCUUGAAGCACAGACUUGUCCUCUCUCGUCUCUGGCUCUGGCUGACCAUCGAGGCUUUUAGUGCAAUUGAUGAAGACAUUGCAUAUUUAUGGUACCGAAAGCGUGUUUUGUCAUGGAACAUCAAGGGUAGAAGGCUUGAAGUUGUCUUGCUUAAUUCCUAG